UGAGUUCUACCAAACUUUUCUGAACCUUUGUUGAACACACACUCAUCAUCUGGUCGUCAUGGGAAGACAGCCUUGCUGCGACAAACUCGGCGUGAAGAAGGGGCCGUGGACGGCGGAGGAGGACAAGAAACUCAUCAAUUUUAUCCUCACCAACGGCCAAUGCUGCUGGCGGGCCGUCCCCAAGCUCGCCGGCCUCCGCCGCUGUGGGAAGAGCUGCCGCCUCCGGUGGACGAAUUACCUCCGCCCCGACUUGAAGCGAGGGCUGCUCAAUGAGGCGGAGGAGCAGUUGGUCAUUGAUCUACAUGCACGUCUUGGUAACAGGUGGUCUAAAAUUGCAGCAAGACUGCCCGGGAGAACAGACAAUGAAAUCAAGAAUCACUGGAAUACCCACAUAAAGAAAAAACUCCUGAAAAUGGGAAUCGACCCCGUCACGCACGAACCCCUCCACAAGGAAACUGAUCAAGAUCCACAACAAUCUCAUGCAGCACAAAAAUCUCCACAAUCAGACAGCAACCAUGAUGAUCAGACACAGUUACCAGGGGCCGACGUUGUCCCUGUCAACCUCGACGAGAACUCGUAUUCCCCAACCGAUCAAAAUAGUUGCUCUGAUGAAUCCAACUUACCCGACGCCAACUUGUACGAAAAUGACCCGUUAAUCAGUUGCCUAUUCCAGGAUGACAACGAUCCUCCCCAAGCCGACGUCUCCUGGGAACUCUUUCCAUCACCAGAAGAAAAUUUCGACAGCCUCUUCGCGACGUCUUGGGAAGAAAACUGCCCCUGGCUGUUGGAUUGUCAAGAUUUCGGAGUUCAUGACUUUGAUUACGGUUGUUUCAACGACAUGGAAGUUAAUAAUGCUCUAACAUCAUUAGAGACAGGGAACGACGACCAGUAAAUAUUAAUUUCCAUGACUAAUAUAAUAAAAGAGAGAUCGAGAGAGAAGAAAAAAAAAAAAAAAACACGAUGGAUGACUCCUAGCCCGCAUGUUAAUUACUAUGAUCAUGUAGGUUUGGUUCGACCUGAUCCGUAAAUAGGUUGAUAUUUUUGUAUAUGGUGAUGGGGUUGGAAAAGUGAAAUCUUUGCUGCGAAGAGGUUCGUACCAACCAAUUAAAUUAGAGAGGGAAUCAUCAAAUUCAAAUGUUUGGAAUUAAGGUUGUAAUUUUAUAGUUUGGAGAUGUACGUAGUUACGUUGGUCUCCUGUGCCAAAAAGGAUACGAGGGCACAGUGUUGAAUAUGUUGAUAGGGGUUAAUUAAUUUACAGAAUGCACACGUAAAUAUUGAGCUUUUUACGUACAUUGUGUAUUGGUGAU